AUUAACUGCGUGUUUUGAUCUCUAUGAAUUACCCUUUCUGAAUGUAACUUUAUAUUGUGUAUUUCGUUUUCUCAUGUGUAGGCCAAUCGCCACACAAUUAUUCUGAUGCAGACCUCUCAAAACCGAGCGACUAGAACAUUUAUGGAUUUUGAAUCAAUUACUCAGGCCAUGGAUGGUAUAUGUGCAUUAUAUGAAAGGAAACUGAAGGAGUUAAAUCCGGCCAUCAGAAAUCUCUCUUAUGACAUUGUGGAUCUAUACAACUUCAUAGAUGGUCUUGCAGACAUGAGUGCUUUGAUUUAUGAUCAUUCAAUUCAAGCUUACUCGCCACAUGAUCGACAGUGGAUCAAGAGACGAACCUUUCAACAUUUGAAGAAACUGGCACAUUGAUUGAUAUAUGGCACCCUUCAUUUAUCCAUUUUCUAGCGAUUUAGUGUAAAUAUAACCAAGAAGUGCAGAAUUUGUUUAUAAUCUUAGUGUUGCGUGGGCUAUGCCCGUGUGUAUGUUGUUUUGGCAUAAAAACUCCAGUUGAUCUUGGCAAAUAUUUCUAAUAUCAAUA